GGAGACGACACGCAAAACAAACGCAAACAAAAGCAAACAGCAAGUCUUGCCUCUCUACGUGCUGGUUUUUAAUUACAAGUGUCUUGCGGGGCAUCUUGAUGUAUAAUUCACAGGGUGCAGAGGUGGUGGGCGACUUGCGCGACAGUAGUCGUGGAGCCUGAAGACGAGCGGACGGACUCGGAUGCCGCGACAUGGCCAAGGGGAAGAAGAAAAGCGACGACAAGGCCAACGGCAGGAAGAUCACCCUGAACAUGGCAAAGAACUGCCUGACGAUAACCAUGGACGGCAAACGCCGUCUGGACCUCAGCAACAAGGGCAUCUCCACCAUGCCCAAGUGCAUCCUGAAGCUGUGUGACAUAGAGGAGCUGGACCUCAGCAGGAACUUGCUCACGAAGGUCCCCGACUUCAUCGACAAGUUUGUCAACCUCCGCUUUCUGGAUCUGCACAGCAACUAUUUGGAGCACAUCUCUGCAGCCAUCGGGCGUCUGCAAAACCUGGUGACCUUGAACCUGUGCAACAACCGCCUGACGCCCCGCUCCCUCCCCAGCGAGCUGGGCCUGCUGGGGAAGCUCCACAAGCUAAACCUGGGCCUCAACCAGCUCGACACGCUGCCCACGGCCAUAGGCGCCCUCAAGGAGCUGCGGCAAAUCGGGCUCUUCGACAACCGGCUCACGCGCUACCCAGACUGCCUCCUCAAGCUCAGCCAUCUGGAGAGGGUGAACAUCCAGGGUAACCCCAUCCUGCCAGAGCGCCCCCCGGACCUGGAUCCCAUCAGGAGGGUGGAGUGCCUCUAUCUGGUCAGGGAGAGCAGGCUGUGCGGAGACUGCUUGAUGAAGUGUCAGAAGGAGAGGAAAAGACUGGAGGAGAUAGGAAGGGCGAAGGCAGUCAAAUCCAAGCCAAAGCGGAGGUUUGCCGGGUUGGUCUCGCCCAACUCGGUGGCCCGGACCAACCAAGAGACGUGGAGAUGAUCGGGCGGAAGAGGCACGACUAGACUUCACAGGGCAUUAAGUUUAUAUCUCUUAUUGCGUUCUGAAUAGUUUUUAUUAUAUCCAGAUUUAUCAUUUAUGCAAAGUACAUGUUAUAGUGAGUCAUCUUUUUUAAGUCACGGCACGGAGGCGCAGUGGAUAGCGCGGUUGCCUCACAGCAAGAAAGUCCUGGGUUCGAGCCCCGGGGUAGUCCAACCAUGGGGGUCGUCCUCUGUGUGGAGUUUGCAUAUUCUCUCCGUGUCUGCGUGGGUUUCCUCCGGGGGCUCCGGUUACCUCCCACAGUCCAAAGACAUGUAGGUCAGGUGAAUCGGCCAUACUAAAUCGUCCCUAGGUGUGAAUGUGUGUGUGUGUGUGUGUGUGUGUGUGUGGGCCCUGUGAUGGCCUGACGGCCUGUCCAGGGUGUCUCCCCGCCUGCUGCCCAACAACUGCUGGGAUAGGCUCCAGCAUCCCCGCAACCCUGAGAGCAGCGUAAGCGGUUCGGAUAAUGGAUGGAGGGAUCUUUUUAAAGUCAUAAAUGACAGAGAUAUCUCCUUAGCCCUACAGAGCGGCGUUUAACAUGGACUUGAUCGCCAUCUGCUGUUCUAACAUCUGAAGUGCCCCUUUGAGCAUCCACAAAAUAAA